AUGGAGGAUGCACACGAUGCGGUGUUAAUCGAAGGCUUCGUAGGUCAGUGCGUGGAACCGACGCAAUUGCCGAAGUUCACACCUGAAUCUAUCCACCUGCUGGAUUCCUAUGCGUUGCACCGUGAUACCGUGGUAGAAAUUGCUUGCAAAGAGCGGUCGAGUGGCUGCUACGCCGGCAACGAGAAAAACAGACAGAGCGUGGAGCUCAAAUUUGGGGACUUCGUGGAUUAUUAUCAAGCAUCGUUCACUAAAGCGUCACAUUGGCUGCAAACGGUGGAUGGCCUUGAUUUUUAUCUGGCACAGUGCCCCAUUGCAGUGUUCAAGCCUGCUGCAACGUGCACCGAAGCGAUUCUACCAGAAAUUAUGAACGAUUUCCUCUUACCAACGUGUCUUCAAGACAAGCCGGUCACGCAAGUAAAUUUGUGGAUGACUGUGCGACCGGGCCGGACAACGCUACACUACGACGCGUACCAUAACAUCCUGGUAGUUUUGUACGGAAAGAAGACUGUCACGCUGUACCCUCCGUCAGAAACGGAGAAGCUGUAUCCAUUUCCAGUGCAUACCAAGUCUGUAAAUCACAGCCAAGUCAACAUCGUGCAACCCGACCUCGAGAAACACCCGCGAUUUCCCGAGGCAGCGGCUCAACGAUUCGAGGUUGCGGCAGGAGACGCACUUGUGAUUCCCGAGGGUUGGUGGCAUCAGGUGGACUCUGACGAAUUCACAAUUGCAGUCAACUACUGGUGGAAUGGCGUACGAGAACAACUCGUCGCAAAUAAGCGUAUGGUGCCUUACUAUACCCGUGUUAUGCUUGAGGAACUGGUCAAGCAGCAAUGCGAGGCCCGUCUACUAGCCUUGCACAAUGCGGUGGCAGCUUUUCUUGCGACUAACGACCAAGCAGAUCGUGAGCGGGUGUUGAUGUCGCUGGACAGCAAGGACUUCGUGAAGACGCAGCAGAUUCUAGCAACUGAUCAUGUAGAAGAGUGGCGGAGACUGCUAGCGAAUGCAAGUGUUGAUGUGGUGGCGAUCUUGACCAAGUGCUGGGAGAAUGAUGAUCUGGGGCCUGAUUUCCUUGGCGUGGUGUUUGGUGCUCUUGGAGACGAUGAAGACACGAUUAAGGAACAACUUGUGGCCAAGCAAGCGCAGUUCCGCCAAGACUGUGCCACCCAAUUGUACCAGUCUCUAUUCGACUAG